AUGGUCAGAUACAUUGCUCAACCAGUUUACAAAACUUUACCACACUUGGGUAAACUUAACUUACAAAACUUAUUAGCUUACACUCCAAACUUGGCCAUCUGGGGUGGUGCUUCAUUAAUGGGUAUCUUCGUCUUUGCUGAAGGUGUUCCAAUUUUCCAAACUACUUUUUUCCAAAAAAUCCCAUACUUUGGUAACCACUGGAUUUCAAACCCAGAUCCUCAAGAUUUACCACAAUAGAUUCAUUCGUUAUUAUGGUUGAAAAAAGAGAUUGCAUUUUUGUUUAUAUU